AUGGCCCAAAAUGGGGACUCCGACGCUCUCAACAUGGUGAGCUUCGAGAAAGACUUGGAAGAGUUGUUCCAAGAAGUGCCAGAUCUUCAGCACGCCUUGGUGUCUUAUCACGAGGCCCGAACAAAGAUCUUGGAGAAGAAGAAGUCGAGGGGAUUCUGGCCGCCCUACAAGGGCAAAAACAAGGGUGGUUUCAGCAAAGGGUUCAAGAAGGGAUCUGGAAAAGGAGGGCUGUUAGCCCGCAUCGCCCGCACGAAUUGCCGUGCUUGUGGAGAAAAAGGGCAUUGGAAAGCUGAGUGCCCGCACAAAGGCACCAACAACACGCAGGACAAUGUGAAUCUUGCGAUGCACCAGGAACACCGGUUCACCCUGCCCAACAAUGACCAGGAUGCCCAGGUGAUCUUUGAAUCGAUCACGGAAGAUGACGAGGAGAUUCAGAGCUUUGCCACUCACUGGGAGGGAGAAGCCAUGCGCAUGAUCAAGAGCACGGCAGAGGCCAUCAUGGAGUCAUUCCGCCUGUUGCUGGUGAUACUGAUGAGCCAGUUGGAGGUGAGAGCACCGGACCAGGAGAUUGCAACGGAUCAUGCCCAGGUGCUGUCGAAUCUUCUGAACGAGGUUCAGAGCCAGAAGGGACGCAUAGAGCAACUGUCAAAGAUGCUGCAGGGCAAAACGUUGUCAGGCUCACCAAGAAAAGUCAAGAGCGCUGGAUCAAACAGAAGUUUCGAGAUUGGCGACCAGUCGGACGCUUCAUGGGAUCUGGAGGAACUGGAAAUGGGGAGUUUGGGCCCAAUGCCCACCACCAACAUGAACGUGAACCUGCACCAGUCGACGGUCCACCGCCAGAAGAUGCCCAAGCAGUCCACAGUUGUUCAGAGCUCUCCACAAAGAACCACUGCAGCAGCGACAGGGGCGAACGAUGUGCCCGAGAGCCAGAUAGCCCUCACGGCCCAGGCCUUGGAGUCAUGGGGCAACAAAAGAGUCCCGUGGGGCAAGACCCACAAUGGGUCCCGCUUCUCAGAAGUGUACGAGCAGCACCCAAACUACGUGGCCUGGAUUUCGGCAAGAUCCGCAACGGCCAACGUCGCCAUGCAGGACUUCAUCAUGUAUGCUCAAGCUCGAGAAGCCCUGGAACAUCGAGCACUGAGAGUCCCAAGAGGUUUGAAACGCGAACAUCAAGAAGAAGAACCACCUAGACUAGAAGAUGACACCUGGAAUGAAAUCAUGAACAGCCUGCGCCAGAGCCUGCCCAAGUCAGGAGCUUCCACUGAGAUGAUUGAUGCAGCCAAAGAAUAUCUUUGUGCCUCAUGCGCCGAACGCAGACCUCCGUCGCUGAAUCCACCAGGUGUCCUGAAAGAAGCACGUGACUUUAACCAGCGAAUUUCUUUGGACGGUUUCGAGUGGAAAGGUGACGAAGACACACUUUGGACAGAUGCGAUUGACCAAUCGCUGGACCAUUGCAGUUUUGAAUUCGAGAUGCCCUGGUAUUCCACGCUUAGCUCCGAAGAGAAGCAACUCUUCGAUCGAGCUAAGGACAAAGAGCUCCGUUGCUGGCUUGAAACAAGCACCGUGAAAAGGAUCCUGAGGAAUCGCAUUCACCCUGAUAGAAUCAUGACCUCGAGAUGGAUCCUCACAUAUAAGCCAGACCCAACUUCACCAAGUGGGCAUAAACACAAAGCCCGCCUUGUUGUCAGGGGUUACCAAGAUCCGGAAAUUGAUCAAGUAAACACCGACAGUCCAACACUUGGAAGAGAUGCCCGACAACUCCUUUUUCAAACAGUGUGUUCCUCAGGUUGGGAUAUCCAAAGCUUUGACAUCACGACCGCAUUCCUCAGGGGAAGAGCUGAUGGUAGAGAACUAGCCAUGGAACCAGUAAGUGAGUUACGGGACCUCCUGAAAAUGGGCAAAGAUGAAGUAUGUUUGCUGGAAGGAAAUGCAUACGGAAGGGUUGAUGCACCACUACUCUUCUAUCGUGAACUUCGCAAGCAGCUGGAAAGUUUAGGCUUUAGUGUUUGA